CCUUUAAAUCUAUUCAGCUGUCUUCACUCUUUACUCUUUACUCUUUGCUCUUCAAUUAAUUACCAUUAGCAGAUGGAAAAGGAAAUUAAGGACAAGAAAGCUAUCGAAAUCGACGGCGUCAACUCGGGGGACGGCGGUGGAGAAGACGGCAGCGGCAGUGGAGAUGAUUUAUUGUUGGCUGUAGGAGAAGGAGGCGGGAGCGGCCAAACAUGCAAAGACCGAGUGAAAGGACCUUGGUCCCCUGAAGAGGACGCGAUUCUUAGUCGAUUAGUAAGUAAAUUUGGCGCCAGGAAUUGGAGCUUGAUUGCGCGAGGAAUUUCCGGACGAUCUGGAAAAUCUUGCCGGCUCCGUUGGUGUAAUCAGCUCGACCCGGCUGUUAAGCGCAAGCCUUUUACUGACGAGGAGGAUCGGAUCAUAGCUGCAGCUCAUGCAGUCCAUGGAAAUAAAUGGGCAGUAAUUGCAAGACUUCUACCAGGGAGAACAGAUAAUGCUAUAAAGAACCACUGGAAUUCCACUCUAAGACGUAGGAGCACUGAACGUGAGAGGUUAAGGUUGGCAUCUGGUAAUGUGGACCAAGAUGCUAACUUGGACAAAACCAAAGCAUCAUCUGAAGAAACUCUGUCUUGUGGAGAUGCAAAUUCGUUCAAAUCCUUGGAGGGAAAAGAUGUAAGCUCUCUGGAUAACAUGGAAGAUCAGUGUGAAGAGAAGGCACCAUUAGAGAUUCCUUCAAAUAAUGAAGCAAAAGAAUCUUCAACUCUUUUCCGUCCCAUGGCACGUGUAAGUGCAUUCAAUGUUUAUCAUUCUGUGGACGGUCCUGAAAUUGCUUCACCGUGUUCAAGGCCAAUUCCGGUGCAAGGACCUUUAGUUCAAGCUUCAACACCAGAUGAUGGGAUUCGCAAAUUACUUGAUGGGGUUUGCAAUGAGCAGUUGGUUCCUCAACGGUGUGGUCAUGGCUGCUGUGAGGCCCACAAUGGCAAAAUACUUCAGAAGUCAUUGUUGGGCCCAGAAUUUGUUGAUUUCUUAGAGCCCCCAUCUUUUCCAAGUUUUGAGUUGGCUGCAAUAGCCACAGAUAUAAGCAACCUUGCUUGGAUCAAAAGUGGGUUGGAGAAUAACACUGUUAGAGUCAUGGGCAACACUGCCGGCAGGAUAACAUCUCAUGGAUCUCAAAUGCAAGUGGGGCAUCUUGAAGAAAGCAGAGUAAGUAGUAGUUUCCAUUUUGAUGAGGGAGAUAACAAGUUAAUGGGUGUCAAAACAAAUGCACUGUGAAUAUAUAUUCAGAGCCCUUUUUGUUUCACUAGCUAACAUGAGGCCUUUAGAUCAAGGUGAACAGUUGCAUCUCCAUGAUGGCAAUAACAUGGAGCAUGAUUUAGCUCAAGGCUAUGAAUUCAACCAGGUAUAAUUUGAUCAAAUAGCCUAUGACAUCCCCUUCAAAAACCUUUGAUUGAUAUUUAAAGUCAGCAAUAGAAAGAAGAAUAGAAAGGGGCUAAACAGAUAUUUUUCUGUCACAUUUUAGUUGGUUCAAGUUCCUGAAAAUUGUCCAUGAUUCAGUAAGAAGAAUGACUGCCCGUUAUCUGCAAAGGGUUGCAUAUAUAUGGUACGGAGCAAUGAAUUUUUGAUUUCAUGGGUUGGAAGAUGUUAUGUACUAUUAACAUGGUUGUACUGGACGGUGGUGGAUAAAUUCAAGAAAGAAUGAGUGUAAUUCGUUUGAGCUAUAAAUGGAACAGGGCAUAUACAUAUUUCUCAGCUAUAUUUCUUGAAAAGGUAUGGCUAAGUUUUAACAAUAUCAAUCUAUCUUUUCUCUCUUUAGUUCAAUAAAACUCAAAUUAGCUCCUCAACUCAUUAAAGUCUUUUGUCAAAAGCAUCUGAUGUUGGCUAAGCAAAAAGUCAAAAUUUUAUAGUCAAGGCAUCUUAAUUUGUUUCUUAUUUGUCUCUGUCUUGUGAAAAAGAGUGGCUUUUGCGUAAGGGUAAAGUUAUUCCACUUGUGACUUAGAGGUUAUGAGUUCAAACCAUGGAAACAGCCUCUGGCAAAAGCAGGAGGAAGGCUGCAUACAUCAACCCUCUUCAGAGCCCGCAAAAGUGGGAUUCAUUGUGCACUGGACCCUUUUCUCUAUCUUUUCUCCCUUAAGUUCAAUAAGACUCAAGGUCAGCUCCUCAACCCAUUAAAGUCCUUUGUCAAGAGCAUCUUGCGUUGGCUGUGCAAAUAGUGAAAAUUUUAUGGGCAAGGCAUCUUAAUUUAUUUUCUUUUGUCUCUGGCUUAUGAAAAGAGAACGACUUAAAUAUAAUAGUAAAGUUACUCCACCUGUGACUUGGAAGUCAUGAGCUCAAACCACAGAAAGAGCUUCUUUGCAAAAUCAGGAGGAAGGCUAUAUAUAUCAAAACUCUCUAGAGCCACAAAUAUCAGAUAUUUCUUGUACUUGAUGUCCGUUUUCUCUAGCUUAUGAAAGUCCUGAUGUUGAGCAUAGCACCCACUUCAAGUCUUUGUACAUGCUUCAUAAUGAACUGUAGCUUCCAAAACAAGUCGAAUGGUACAUUCUUUAGUUGGUCAGAGGAAUUUGGUCUGAUUGAUGGUUUUAGUGCAUGUAAGGUACUAUGUCAUAUAACAUACUACUCUAGUUAUGAGACCUGCUUUGUUUUAGUUUGAUAGUUAUCAUGGCCACUGCAUGAUAGUUUAGAGCUUGUAGUUCAUUUAGUACUUGUUUGAAACCGAACUUGUCAGUUUUGUAAUAAUUAAACUUUCAUUUUGACUUUAA